GCGCGGUGCCGCCGCUGAGAGGUCCGGCCCGAAUAUCCCUCCGCCUUCUUCCCUCCCUCCCUCUCUCUCCCUCCCUGCUAUCCGUCGUUCACUUACAGCCUCCCUUCCUUCUUUCUCCCUCCGCCACCCGAGCACCAGGCGCGCUGUGAGCUGCCCCCGGGGUCCCUCCCCCGCCGCCAGAGGAGCAGCUGCCGCCGCCGCCAGCAGCAAAUUGGGAGGAAGGAAGGAAAGGAGGAAGGAAGGGGAGCCAGAGCGACUAACAAGAGGGAGCCGGUGAAUGGGCUGGUGGUGACCCCCGCCCCCCACCCCACCCUCCCUUCCCACCCGACCCCCAACCCCCAUCCCCAGUUAGAGCCGCCGCCCCAGAGGCCGGACCGUCGUCUUAAGAGCAGUCGUCGCUGCCACCUCCGCCAUGGAGUUGAUCACCAUCCUCGAGAAGACCGUGUCUCCGGAUCGACUGGAACUGGAAGCGGCGCAGAAGUUCCUGGAGCGUGCGGCCGUGGAGAACCUGCCUACUUUCCUUGUGGAACUGUCCAGAGUGCUAGCAAAUCCAGGGAACAGUCAGGUUGCCAGAGUUGCAGCAGGUCUACAGAUCAAGAACUCUUUGACAUCUAAAGAUCCAGAUAUCAAGGCGCAAUAUCAGCAGCGGUGGCUUGCUAUUGAUGCUAAUGCGCGACGGGAAGUCAAGAAUUAUGUUUUGCAGACUUUGGGCACAGAAACUUACCGGCCUAGCUCUGCCUCUCAGUGUGUGGCUGGUAUUGCUUGUGCAGAGAUCCCAGUGAACCAGUGGCCAGAACUCAUUCCUCAGUUGGUGGCCAAUGUCACAAACCCCAACAGCACAGAGCACAUGAAAGAGUCGACAUUGGAAGCUAUUGGUUACAUUUGCCAAGAUAUAGACCCAGAGCAGCUACAAGAUAAAUCCAAUGAGAUUCUGACUGCCAUAAUCCAGGGGAUGAGGAAAGAAGAGCCUAGUAAUAAUGUGAAGCUGGCGGCUACUAAUGCACUCCUGAACUCACUGGAGUUCACCAAAGCCAACUUCGACAAAGAGUCCGAAAGGCACUUUAUCAUGCAGGUGGUCUGUGAAGCCACACAGUGUCCAGAUACGAGGGUACGAGUGGCCGCCUUACAGAAUCUGGUGAAAAUAAUGUCCUUGUAUUAUCAGUACAUGGAGACGUAUAUGGGUCCUGCUCUUUUUGCAAUCACAAUCGAAGCAAUGAAAAGUGACAUUGAUGAAGUGGCCCUACAAGGGAUAGAAUUCUGGUCCAAUGUGUGUGAUGAGGAGAUGGAUUUGGCCAUUGAGGCUUCCGAGGCAGCAGAACAAGGACGGCCCCCUGAGCACACCAGCAAGUUUUAUGCCAAGGGAGCACUACAGUACCUGGUUCCAAUCCUCACACAGACACUAACUAAACAGGAUGAAAAUGACGACGAUGAUGACUGGAACCCCUGCAAAGCAGCUGGGGUGUGCCUCAUGCUUCUGGCCACCUGCUGUGAGGAUGACAUUGUCCCGCACGUCCUUCCCUUCAUUAAAGAACACAUCAAGAACCCGGACUGGCGGUACCGUGACGCAGCGGUGAUGGCUUUCGGCUGUAUCUUGGAAGGACCCGAGCCCAAUCAGCUGAAACCACUAGUUAUACAGGCUAUGCCCACCCUCAUAGAAUUAAUGAAAGACCCCAGCGUGGUUGUUCGAGACACAACGGCGUGGACCGUGGGCAGGAUUUGCGAGCUGCUCCCUGAGGCUGCCAUCAACGAUGUCUACCUGAGUCCCCUGCUGCAGUGUCUGAUUGAGGGCCUCAGCGCUGAGCCCAGAGUGGCUUCAAACGUCUGCUGGGCUUUCUCUAGUCUGGCCGAAGCUGCUUAUGAAGCUGCAGACGUAGCUGAUGAUCAGGAAGAACCAGCUACCUAUUGCUUGUCAUCUUCUUUUGAACUCAUAGUUCAGAAGCUGCUGGAGACCACAGACAGACCUGAUGGACACCAGAACAACCUGAGGAGUUCUGCAUACGAAUCUCUGAUGGAAAUUGUGAAAAACAGUGCCAAGGACUGUUACCCUGCAGUUCAGAAAACGACUCUAGUCAUCAUGGAGCGGCUUCAGCAAGUGCUGCAGAUGGAGUCGCAUAUCCAGAGCACGUCGGAUAGGAUCCAGUUCAAUGACCUUCAGUCAUUACUCUGCGCUACGCUCCAGAAUGUUCUACGGAAAGUGCAACACCAAGAUGCUUUGCAGAUCUCUGAUGUCGUCAUGGCCUCCCUGUUAAGGAUGUUCCAAAGCACGGCUGGGUCUGGGGGAGUUCAGGAGGAUGCCCUGAUGGCAGUUAGCACACUGGUGGAAGUGUUGGGUGGUGAAUUCCUAAAGUACAUGGAGGCCUUUAAACCCUUCCUGGGCAUUGGAUUGAAAAACUAUGCUGAGUACCAGGUGUGUUUGGCAGCUGUGGGCUUAGUGGGAGACUUAUGUCGUGCCCUGCAGUCCAACAUCUUACCUUUCUGUGAUGAGGUGAUGCAGCUCCUGCUGGAGAACUUGGGGAAUGAGAAUGUCCACAGGUCUGUGAAGCCACAGAUUCUGUCAGUGUUUGGUGAUAUUGCCCUUGCUAUUGGUGGAGAGUUUAAAAAAUACCUAGAGGUUGUAUUGAAUACUCUUCAGCAGGCUUCCCAAGCCCAAGUGGACAAGUCAGACUAUGACAUGGUGGAUUAUCUGAAUGAGCUAAGGGAAGGCUGCUUGGAAGCCUAUACCGGAAUUGUCCAGGGAUUAAAGGGAGACCAGGAGAACGUACACCCGGACGUGAUGCUGGUACAACCCAGAGUAGAGUUUAUUCUGUCUUUCAUCGACCACAUUGCUGGAGAUGAGGAUCAUACAGACGGAGUAGUAGCUUGUGCUGCUGGACUGAUAGGGGACUUAUGUACAGCAUUUGGGAAGGAUGUACUGAAAUUAGUAGAAGCUAGGCCAAUGAUCCAUGAACUGUUAACUGAAGGACGGAGAUCGAAGACUAACAAAGCAAAAACGCUUGCUACGUGGGCAACAAAAGAACUGAGGAAACUGAAGAAUCAAGCUUGAUCUGUUACCAUUGGGAUGAUAACCUGAGACCCCCACUGGAAAUCUCCAAUCUUUUGAAAAACCCGGAAGUGAGGAGUGUGCACGGAUGCUGAAUGUUUGGGAAUGAGAGGAUGAGUGAGUGAGGCUUGAAAACACACCACAUUGAAAAUCCUGCCACAGCAGCAGCCGCAGCCGCAGCCGCCAACAGCAACGCUGUUAGUGAGCUAAGUAAGCACUGACUUCGUAGAGAACCAUAACGUCGGCCAUCUUGGAAGAGAAAAAAAAACGAUGGAUUUACUUGCUUAAAAGAAAGAAAGUUAUCUCUUCCCAGCAGAGGCUAGAACUAGCUUUUCUGUCUUGGCCAGUGUUGAGUGGAAUGACCAGUUCGGGAGAGGAAGAGGGACUGGGUUCAGCUGUGGUGCUUUGUUGUAAAAGGCAGCUUGGCCUUUGCUACUGAUAAGAAAGAUGGAGCCUGGGUCUUGAGCCCACCUUUGGUGUACCUUGCCACACGGUACUGUAUACGUGCCGGCUAAAAGGAGGGUGAGGGAUUCUUUACAGUCUGAGAAUGAGUGUGUGUGAGUGAGGCGGUAUCCACAUUCUCAACUUCAAGUCAUUGCAGUUUCUUUUUCCCAGAAAAAAGGGGUUAGACAUUGCAUUUCAUAAAACUAACCGAAGUUCUGUCUACUGAUGCAGCACAAGAGAUGUAAAAAAAAAAAAGAAGAAAAAAGAAAAAAAAGGGAAAGACGCUCUUUAGGUUUGUGCUUUUUUUUUUUUUUUUAAAUUCUAGGGAAAACACUGACGAAUGUUCAGAGCUCCCAUCCUGAUCUUUUCAUCAAGGCGCCUUUCCUAAUAAUAUGGUUCAACUGUGAAUGUAGAAUUGGGGGGGAGGGGGGAGAAAAAGGAAACUCUGGAGUUAGAAGAUAUAGAAAAAAUAAAAACACAAUUGUUACAAAUAAAGAAUGCAGACUUGAAAAGUAAAAGAAAGCCACAGCCCAAACAAACCAAAAGUUAAAACGCUCAGAUUGGCAGCACAAAAGGAAAGCUCUCUCUGACAUGUAUCAAGGCAGCCUGAACGCCCCCAGAAAACUGUGCCAAAGAGUUUAGGAAAUAAAUCCACAAUGAAGUAAACACACACAUACAUACAGCAAACUUCAGGUAACUAUUUUGGAUUGCGAACAAGGAUAAAUUUAAUGUUCAAACAAUCUGAUAAAAUAACCAUUUGGAAACUGCUUGGCCUUCUGUUCUCUUAUUUGAUUGACUGCAAUGCGGUAUUGGUCUCUUGCUGCACUUCAAAACCAACCAACCAACAAC